GAGUUAAACACGUUCACGUUAGGUCUUCAGACGGUAUCCGCCGUUUGGACUUCGCUGUGUGUGUGAGAGAGUUUUCUCAGUUGUUGCUGUUUUUACGGAGAAGAGACGUGUAGGGCAGCGAGCAGACUGCUGUGAGCGUUCAACAGCAUGGCUGCAGCUCACAUUAUGCUCUUCUUCUUCCUCCACAUCUUCACUGCUUCAACCACUGACCAAGUGAUCUCCCAGAAAUACCCCCACCUCACUGGCUGUGUCUCUGCCAACAUGGAGACUUUCCACUGCAGAUGGAAUGUUGGCUCUUUCCAAAGCCUCUCCAAGCCGGGAGAUCUCCGCUUAUUCUACAUUAAUAAAAAACCCCCCCAUGCUCCUCCUGAAGAGUGGAGUGAGUGUCCUCUCUACAGCACAGACAGGCCAAACGAGUGCUUCUUCAGUGAGAACCACACAGUAAUCUGGACAUCUUACAGAGUCCAGCUCCGCUCGAGGGAUUUAGCCACCCUCUAUGAUGAGAGCCACUUCCAUGUUCAAGACAUCGUACAACCAGAUCCUCCCGUCAGCCUGAACUGGACGCUGCUGAAUAUGAGUGUGACCAGCACUUACUAUGACAUCAUGCUGAGCUGGAAGCCGCCUCAGUCUGCAGAUGUGGAGAUGGGAUGGAUGACCCUGCAGUAUGAGGUCCAGUACCGCGACGUCAGCUCGAACGUGUGGGAAGUGGUUGACCUUGUGAAAAGCACGCACCGCUCCCUUUAUGGACUUCAAAUUAAUGUCAAUCAUGAAGUUCGGGUCCGUUGCAAAAUGUUCGGAGGGAAAGAGUAUGGAGAAUUUAGUGAAUCGAUAUUUGUCCACAUCCCAUCUAAAGUGUCAAGAUUCCCAGUGGUGGCUUUGCUCCUCUUUGGUGCCUUGUGUCUAGUGGCCAUCCUGCUGUUGGUCAUCAUAUCGCAGCAGGAAAAAUUGAUGGUUAUUCUUUUGCCUCCUGUUCCUGGACCUAAAAUAAGAGGAAUUGACCCCGAACUGCUCAAGAAUGGGAACCUGAGGGAGUUGACAUCCAUCUUGGGUGGACCCCCUGACCUGAGACCAGAACUGUACAACAAUGACCCCUGGGUGGAAUUCAUCGAUCUGGACAUUGAGGAACAGAGCGACAGAUUGACAGACCUGGACACGGACUGUCUCAUGCACCGCUCCCUGUCCUCAACCUGCACUCCCCUCUCGAUUGGCUUCAGAGACGAUGACUCAGGCCGGGCCAGCUGCUGUGACCCAGAUCUCCCCAGCGACCAGGAAGCCUCACCUUUCCAUCCUAUCAUCCCAAAUCAAAUCCUCAAUAAUGAAACUUCCUGCACGGCAGCCUGUGAGCCAAGCUCCCCAAUCCAGAGCCCUGCCACUGGGGAGCCUCCUUUUGUAGUACUGGGCAGAGAGGCACUAUAUACACAGGUGAGUGAGGUGAGGUCUGGCAAUGUGCUGCUGUCACCUGAGAAACAGACUGAGGGGGAGAAAGCAGUUAGUAAAGACACAGAGAAAGACAUCAUGGUGGAGAAGGAGAAAGAAAAGAAAGAGUUUCAGCUCCUGGUGGUGAAUCCAGAUCAUGGUGGAUACAUGUCAGAGCUCAGUGCGGGGAAAAUGAGCCCAAGAUUGUCCACGGCGGACAUGAGUGAUAUCUGCCAGACAGGAAGAGACUUGAGUUCUUUUCCAUCCCCAUCAUCUUACCACGAAUCAGAUACCACCCCCAUGCCCCCUCUUCCACCUUCUCCUGUCUACACCUUGGUAGAGGGUGUUGACAGACAGAACAGCCUCUUACUGACACCAAACUCAACACCUGCCCCUCAGCUGAUAAUCCCAAAGACCACGCCAACACCAGACGGCUACCUGACCCCUGACCUUUUGGGAAGCAUCACACCAUAGAUCAGUGGUAAACUGUGCAAAGUUUGAGCUAUUCAAUCAAAGGCAGAGAUAAGCAUAAGAUUGACUAUUGAGGGUUCCAAGGUUGAUUGUUGAAUGUCAACUCUCCUAAAAUAGCCUGGGACGAAGAGCAUCUGUGCCUGUCUUUCCACCACCACCUCCUCCUCCUCGUCCUCCUCUGACCGCCCACUGCGCCAUCUGACAGAGCUAUAAAAUGAGCUUGCUUGGAAGUUUGGUAUGAAGGAGGAAGCGCACAGAAGAAUGUGUUUUACUGCAGUGGUGGAAAAAGACCUUUCACAGGCAAACAACAUAAGCUGGUGCUGGAAAUUAAAACCUAAAAAACAAGUCAAGUCAACUCUACUUACUCAAAAACUAUCUUUGCCAAAGCCAUGAGUGUUACAUUUUUGGCCACGUAAGGCCAGGAGAACUCAACAGCAAACUGACCCCAUGGGCAGUGAUACUGUUUCGGCUAACAUUUUAACAACUGGUUGCCAUUUACACAUCCAGUGAAAUUCCGUCAUUCUUUUCAAGUCAUGUUUUUGUUCAGCGGAUAUAAGUCCUCUUUUUAUUGUUCUUCAAACUCUGGUUUGGUUCUUCAUCAACUCCUGAGACAAAUAUCUGGUUUAGCUGCUAAAUGCUCCACCCACUCGGUUUGUUGCUCAUCUGCCGUUAGGUGCUAUGAGCUAAAAGCUAUGGUUUUGUCACUAUGGGUAAUACAUUUCAUAUUACACAUUAUAGGUAGUCAUUUCAUUCAGUUUUAAUGAAUGACGAAAUGAAAUUUUUCACUUUAAAUGAGAGUACAUCCCAUUUUACUGUCACGUUUUAUUCCCAAAAUUUUGUAGCUUUUUGAUAAAAUCAGGUCAUAUGUAAGUGAUAUGCUUUGUGAAGUACAGCUAUAAGUACAACUCUCUGAGCUCUUUUUAUGAAUUCAAGAUUUUUCAAGAUGUUUUUGUUCCUUAAAUUUCAUAGCUGUGUUUUCAUUCAGUCUUUUUCAGGCUUUCAGACCAAUGUUGCCAUAAUGAAAAUGUUAUUUAACCAAUAAGUGACCCAUUGUUUUUUUGUUUUGUUUUUUCUAACACUUAUUGGGUUCAUAAUGUCUUAUUGCCAACACAUGAACUGAAGAGAAUGUAAAACAAAGCAUAAGCUAUAGAAUAUUGCUCAACUUACUUUGAGGUCAUCUCAUACUAUAUUUUAAAAUUUAUCCAUCUUCAGAACUUAAGUGUUUUCAAAACUGACAGACAAAAUAAUUUAGUUUGGCAGUCUUAUGCUCAGUCAGUAUUUGAGUGUAUGAAAUACACAAGUUUUUAUUUUUCAUCUGGUUUGUGGUUAGCAGUGAAUUGAAUGCAGAUUAAAAGCUGGGGAUACAUGGUGUGUUGAAUGCUCAGCAACAGUGUUGAAUUUGUACCGUUAUUGUGUUUUAACUGUCCCAAAGUGUUAAAAAUAAACAACUUUGAUACUU